AUGCCUGUUGAAAAUAAAGUGGCUUUUGAUGGAGCUGCUGGUUCAAGUAGCACUGAAACAAUACUUGAUUUGGGCCCUGGACUUCAGAGUUGUCUUGAAAGAAUUGUCGCUGAAACGAAGCCUAUUGGAAGGAAUUAUACAGUGCAGCCAACACCAAUCACCACUGCACAAUCUGAAGAUAGCAAGAAUACGAUGGAGCACACUCUUGAUGAAAGUCAGCAUAUCUCGUUUACGGAAGGAAAAUCUGCUGGUGAGGAAACAACCACAUCUAGAGGUGUCAAAACAAUGGUUACACUACUGCCGUCAUCAGAUCUCUGCAUUACAACAAAGGACAACGAAAUCAUGAGCAAAGAUACAUCAACUGCACUUGAAACAAAAAUUGGUUUAGAAGAAACUGCGGAACCAUCUGCACAUGAAUUACAUCCUGAUCCCAGUAUUCGACGCCCGAGUUUCCUUGAAAGAAUCGUAGCUGAAACAAAGCCUAUCGGAAGCAUUCACGCACCGGAAUCUACAUCAACGACCAGGACGGAUCUAAAAAGUGACAAGACUACGACAGAAGACACGUUGAAUGGAGCUCAGCAUGUCGCAUCAGUUGAAAUAAAGCCUAAUGAACAAGAGAAAAACGGACCUGCGAGUGUAAGUGCGAUCGUUAGGGUAGUGGCAUUACCAGACCACUUCAACACUGAGACGCAGCCCGAUGUCAUCGCAAAAGGCACAUCGGCUUCAUUUGAAACAAAGGCGAGUUCAGAAGAAUUGGCUGGUCCAGAUAACUAUGAAGCAAAACCGGAUUCGAGUGCACGACGCCAGAGUUUUCUUGAAAUGAUCGUUGCUGAAAUAAAGCCUAUUGGAAGCAUUUAUACAUCGGAACCAACAUCGACCAGCACGGGAAAAUCUGAAGGCACAACAAAACCUACGGUUGAUUUAUCGACACGUGUCCGGAAACAUGGUCUCGUCGAUGAAGAGAAGCCUGAUAAAGUUGACAGAGUUGUGAAAACAUUAGUGACUGCUGAUGGAUCACCUGAAGAAACGAAACACGAUGUGAUUGAUAAAGAGAAAGUGGUUGAACGUAUGCCACUAGUAACAUCGUUAAUAAUUGCAGCCGUUCCAGAUCCAGACACGAUACAGGAUGCCAGUGAUAAACAGAAAGCGGUCGAAGUUAAACCAUUAGCGAAAACAGUAGGAGUCGAUGAUCCACUUAAACAUGAAACGAAUGCUGGUUUGGGUGGUCGACCAAAAACUCCUGUUGAAAGAUUAAUGGCGAGAACAAUACCUCUCGGUCGAAUUUACACACCAGAAAUUAUAAUCGGUCGCACAUCCGCAGAUAAAACUCUCCAUCAUGCUGCAGAAGUGGCGCCAGAUGAAGUUGCAAUAAUGGCAUCGCCUAAAAUAAAGCCUGAUGCCACUGAUAAAGAUACAUCUUUGGAUGUUUCCAGAAUGGAGACAACUUUACCGAGUGCCCGUAAGUUAACACCAGAAAAGAAACACGAUGCCGUGGAUAUGGAGAAAUUCUCGAAGAAUACAACAAUUAGUGCUUCAGUCCCAGUUGUAGAUAUAUCUGCCUUUGAAACAAAACAUGCGAUGCCCGUUGAAACGAAACCUGUCGUUGAAACUCUAGUAGAAAAAACACAUCCUAUUACAAGUAUGAUAGCAUUUGCAGCGAAACCUGAACAUGAAGACAGAGACAACAGAAUCAAAGAUACGUCAAAAGUAACAUCAACUACCACUGAAAAUAUUUCCUUGCCGGAAGUGAAGUCUAUUGUUACUGAUAACGAGAAAACUUCCAAAGUCGCCAGAAUAGGUGAAAGCUUACUGACCGGCGAUAUCUCCGCGCCUGAAACAAAAGAUGAUGUUAUAAUAGAAACAAUCGCAGAAACUCUAGGAUUUGAUCAACCGAACUUAGACAAAUCUGCGAUAUCCUUAAAAUCGGAUUCAUUGAAUGCAGGUAAAAUAGCUGCUAAACCUGAAACAAUGACUUCUAUACCAAAUAAAGAAGAAGAGUAUCAUGAUCCAACAACGCCAUCAUUUGACACCACAAUACAUGCAAUCAAAUCAAGUCUAAAACUUGAAGAAAUAAAGCCAGAGAAAGAAAAUCAAAUAAAAGUGGAAAAGAAUUUAGAUAUAAAUGAUUCUACGACGCAGCUCUUCGACGAAACUCUACGUUUACACUCAUCUGUAGUCCCCAUCAUUGAGGUUACUGCCAUAAAUGAACCAGACGAAGAAUCCGACGAAGAAUAUUUCGAUGCUUAUAAUGAAUUAACAGAUUCUUCAAAGGAUCACAUAUCGGAAACUUCUGUUCUUCGUCAAAAUAUAACUGAAACAUCAACAUUAGACGCAGCAAACAUUCAAACAACGACUAUUGAUGAUGUCAAUGAAUCAACUAUAGAUCAUAUAUACGAAAUAAUUACUUCUGAAGCCACAAUAAUGGCUAGUCGUCUAUUAUCUGACGUGAUGCAUGACAUCGAUUUUAUUUUAAGUGAUCAAUCCCUUAUGAUCUCCAUCUCAGAUACAGAUAGUACAUCGGAUGGGGAAGAACGAUAUUCUCCAAUAUCUAAUGACUCCACUUUGGAAAGUGCAGACAUGAAUACAACAGCCAUGACAACGAUUGAAGGUGAUGAAUUGUUACAUAGUAAAACGUUAUCUGAUAUUGAUAGUAUUUUACCAACUACGUUUGUAGAUGAUCUUACACUUACUGCAGAACUUUUAGUUUCUAAAAUAUUAGCAUUGGCUACAAAUCCGACCGUAUUUGAAUCAAAUGAACCGUUGAAUAUAAAUGAAAUUUUUCCGUUAGUACCAAUCCUAACAAUCAAAGAGAAAGAAUCUUCUGAUCAUAUUUCUGUCAUAUUGAAACAAAACGAAGAUUACAUUCAUGAAGUUGAACCAAUGGAAUUAUUGAUUUUACCGACUUUAAUGAUACAUAAUGAUGAUCAACUACAUCUAAAACUAGAUAAUAUUAGUGAUAUCAAUCAGCAAUCUUUUUAUUUAUUAGCAAUGUCUACCGAUUAUGACUUAGAAACAGCAGUUAUGGAUUAUAUUUCACCCGAGCAGUCCAUGACAAUUGAAGAAGCUUUUGCCUCGAAUAAAGAAAAAAUGAAUAGAAUCAUAUCGAUAGAUUAUAUGGAACCUGUUUCUAAUGAUAUGAAUGAAGAUAAAAAACAAGUAUCAUCAACUACGGCUUAUCACGAUGUGUUAACAAAUUCAUCAUACAUCCAACCAAUAUAUUCGGCAAACAUAAUAUUUCAAUUUGAUACUAUCACGUUUAAAAAUGAAAAUAUUUCUACUCGAUCACUCAAUUACAAUGAAAUAUCAAUUCAAGCUAAGCCAGAAAAAUCUUCUGACAAAAACCAUUAG